GGUCCCCCAGUUCCUCCUCCAGGGAGUCACCCGCAAUCCCCAGGGGCUGGGAAGGACCUUCCCGAGGUACAUGACAAGAUGGGUGCCGCGCCGGAGACGCCAACCCUGGGAAUGGGAUAGGCCGGCCCUGCCGGCGGCGGAGGGCCUGCCCUGGGCAGCCCCACGGCAGGCCCAGCCGAGGAGACGCCCCGGUGCUGGGAGGUCCAGUGGCAGAAGGUUCCACAGGCCCAGUCUGAGAGGGGAGACGGGACAUCGGCCAGGAGACAGCACCAGGGCCCGUCAGGCUCGCGCCUGCCCCUCACCCUGAGGGGAGCUUGACAUGACUCACGCCAAGGCCUGUAGCAGCCUGGAGGCCAGCCGUGCUGAGCAUUAUGGGAAGGCGAAGGAGGCCAUCUUGGGAGAGCAGUUGAUGUGACUCUCAGCGGCCAGGCCUACAGCAGCCUGGAGGCCAGACACAACAAGAAUCAUGGGAAGGCGAAGGCGGCCAUCUUGGGUGAGGGCAAGGCAGCCAUCUUGAGUGACCAUGUGCGAUGGCUCAUGCCAACCCUCAGCGCCAAGGCCUAUGGGAGGCUGGAGACGUCCAGGGUAAUGGGACGGUAAAGGCGGACAUCUUGGGCACAGGCAAGGCGACCAUCUUGGAAGAGCAGUUGAUGCCACUCACGCCAACCUUGAGCACCGAGGCUUAUAGCGGCCUGGGGGUCGGCGCUGGUAAGGGCUAUGAGACGGCAACGGCGGCCAUAUUGCGAACGGACAAGGAAGCCAUCUUGGGAGAGAAGUGGACACGAUUCACACCAAUCUUCAGCAGAACGAGCUGGCGUGUUCCUCCUAGAACCCCAAAUCAUCUUAUCUGGCCCAGCUGGUGUCAGCAGUGGGAUCAGCUGUACAGCAAGUGACCUCAGCACAGGCCCGGUGGGGAGAAAGCCAGUGGCCUGGAGGUUCCCAACAGGCCUACCAGGGAGUCACCAUUGGGGAUCAAGAGUCGGAGUGGAGAGUCAGCUGCCGUCUCCCCGCUGAGCUAAGAAAAUGGCCGCCACUCAAGAGGUGCCUCCCCCAGCCUUGGGCCUCCAUUUCCUGUAUCCGCUGGAGGAGACGAUGGCACCACGGGUGAAAAUGGAGGAGCCCGAACCGUUAGGCCCAGAGCCAGGCUGGGAGUGGGAGGCGGCCAGCAAGGCGCCGUGGUUGGUGCAGGCUGGGACCAUUGGGGAGCUGCUGAGGUGGGCGGCUCCUCAGCAGGCCCGGCCUGAGGAGACACCCCAAUGCUGGUGGGGGCAACGGUCACCCCUGGAAGUUCUCCCCCCCUGGGAGAGCCCCACCCUACCAGACAACAGCGCCCUCUUUGGGCAAGCAACCGACGCCUGCCCAUGGCCCCGAGGGGAGCGCUUGGCACGACUCACGCCAACCCUCGGCAGCGAGGCCUUCAACAGCCCACGGGCAGGGGAUGCCAAGGACUAUGGGAAGGUGAAGGCGGCCAUCUUGGGAGCGGAGAGGGCAGCCAUCUUGGGAGAGCAGUUAACGCGACUCACGCCAACCCUCAGCAGCGAGGCCUAUCGCAACCUAGAGGCUGGAGAUGCCAAGGAUUAUGGGAAGGCUGCCAUUUUGGGAGUGGACAGGGCAGCCAUUUUGGGAGUGGACAAGGCAGCCAUCCUGGGAGAGCCAUUACCGCGACUCACACCAACCCUCAGCAGCGAGGCCUAUCGCAGCCUAGAGGGUGGAGAUGCUAAGGAAUACGGGAAGGCAGCCCUUUUGGGCGUGGAUAGGGCGGCCAUUUUGGGAAUGGACAAAGCAGGCAUCUUGGGAGAGCAGUUGAUGCGAAUCACGCCAACCCUUAGCAGUGAGGCCUAUCGCAGCCUAGAGGCCGGAGAUGCGAAAGAUUAUGGGAAGGCUGCCAUUUUGGGGGUGGAUAGGGCUGCCAUUUUAGGAGUGGACAAGAUGGCCAUGUUGGGAGAGCAGUUGACACGAUUCACACCAACCCUCAGCGGUGAGGCCUACCGCAGCCCGGGGACAGGAGAUGCCAAGGAUUAUGGGAAAGCUUCCAUUUUGGGGGCAGAUAGGGCAGCUAUCUUGGGAGUGGACAAGGAGGCCAUCUUGGGAAUGGACAAGGCGGCCAUUUUAGGAGAGCAGUUGACGCAUCUCACGCCAACACUCACUGGUGAAGUCUACCGGAGCCUGGAGGCCAGAGAUGCCAAGGGUUAUGAGAAGGCAGUCAUCAUGGGAGAGCAGUUGACACAAUUCAUGCCAGCCCUCAGCAGCGAGGCCUACCGUAGCCUAGAGGCUGGAGAUGCCAAGGAUUAUGGGAAAGCUGCCAUUCUGGGGGCAGACAAGGCAGCCAUCUUGGGAAUGGACAAGGCAGUCAUCUUGGGAGUGGACAAAGCGGCCAUCUUGGAAGAGCAACAGACACAAUUCAUGCCAACCCUCAGUGGCGAGGCCUACCGCAGCCUAGAGGCCGGAGACACCAAAGAUUAUGGCAAAGCAGCCAUCUUGGGUGUUGGCAAGGCAGCCAUCUUGGGAGUGGGCAAGGCUGCGGCAGAGAGGUGGCGCCAGUGCUUCCGAGGAUUCAGCUACCAGGAGGCUGGUGGGCCGCGGGAGGCCUGGGCCCGGCUCCGGGAGCUCUCCCGCCGCUGGCUGGAGCCCCAGCGUCGCACCAAGGAGCAGAUCCUGGAGCUGCUGGUCCUGGAGCAGUUCCUGAGCAUCCUGCCGGGGGAGAUGCAGAGCUGGGUCUGGGAACGAGGCCCCGAGACCUGCGCCGAGGCCGUGGCCCUGGCCGAGGGCUUCCAGCGGGCUCGGCCGGAGGCAGGGAUGUGGGAGCAGCAGGUCACUGUGCGGGUGAAGGUUGAAAAACCCAGCAUGGAGGAGACACCAUGUGCAGGAGCAUCAUGGGAAACUCCUGCACCCCCACUACCCCGUCCCCAGGAGGGAGCGAUACUAAGCCGGCCUGGCCCCGAGCUACCCUGCAUCCCCAAGGAGGAGCCCCAACCGCCCCCGGGAGCCAUAAUGGAGGAGGCGAAUCCGCAGCAGGAAUGUCCAAAGGAGGGCAAAGUGCCCAGUAUCUGCCCCCAAAAAUCCAAUGGGGACAGGGGCCCUGGGAGUCAGGCUAGGGCUGAUGUCCCCCAGCCGCCGAGGGAACUCGCCCUGCAUGCCCGUGACCCUGAUGCCGUGUCUGGUUCCCACCCAAUCCAGGGGCCUCACCUCUGCCCCCAAUGUGGACGGAGCUUCCGCCAGAGUUCUGCCCUCCUGGCUCACCAGCGGACCCACACUGGUGAGAAACCUCACCAGUGCCCGCAGUGCGGGAAGAGCUUCUCCCGGGGCUCCCAGCUCACUCGUCAUCUGCGAAUCCACGGGGCAGAGAGAUCCCACCGCUGCCACCAAUGCAGUCGGAGUUUCUACCACAGCUCCGAGCUGGCCAGGCACCGGGCCUCCCACAGCAAGGACCGGCCCUACGGGUGCAGCCAGUGUGGGAAGAAGUUCCGUUGGCGCUCCGACCUGGUGCGCCAUCAAAUCACCCACACUGGCGAGCGCCCCUACGGCUGCCCAGAGUGUGGCAAGAACUUUGGGCAGAGCUCCCACUUGACUGACUCCACCAUCCCCCCAUCUUUCUCUCCAGGCUUCCCCCUCCCCAAGGCCGACGUGAGGUGGAUGGAGCGAGGGGAAGAGCCGUGGGGCCCCGAUCUCCCCUCCCCCGAGGCUGGGGGGACCCCCGGUGAGACCCACGCAGCAGCUGCCGGGGCAGCCACACCCCCAACUCCCCGCUGCAAGCCGGCCGGCCGCUCCUACCAGUGCCCGGAGUGCGGGAAAUCCUUCCGGCAGAGCUCGCGCCUCCUCCAGCACCAGACCACGCACACGGGCGAGGGGCCGUACUGCUGCCCCGACUGCGGCCGGGCCUUCAGCCAGAGCUCCGACCUGGUGCGGCACCAGCGCGUCCACACGGGCGAGCGCCCCUACCGCUGCCCCGACUGCGGCCGGGCCUUCAGCCAGAGCUCCAACCUGCUCCAGCACCGGCGCGCCAGCUCCGGCACCCGCCCCUUCUGCUGCGCCCAGUGCGGCAAGCGCUUCGGCCGCAGCUCCCACCUGCUCAACCACCAGGCCACCCACUCCGGCGAGCGGCCCUUCGGCUGCGCCGACUGCGGCAAGCGCUUCGGCCACAGCUCCAGCUUGCACAAACACCGGCGCGGCCACACUGCCCAGCGGCCCUUCGGCUGCGCCGACUGUGGCGAGCGCUUCCUCCGGAGCUCCGACCUGCUCAAACACCGGCGUAUCCACGCUGGCGAGCGGCCCUUUGGCUGCGGCGACUGCGGCAAACGCUUCCUCCAGAGCUCCGACCUGCUCAAACACCAGCACGUCCACACCGGGGAGAAGCCCUACACCUGCGGGGAGUGCGGGCGCGGCUUCAGCCAGCGCUCCCACGUGGUCAAACACCGCCGGCACCAGACCACGCACACGGGCGAGCGCCCCUACCGCUGCCCCGACUGCGGCCGGGCCUUCAGCCAGAGCUCCGACCUGGUGCGGCACCAGCGCGUCCACACGGGCGAGCGCCCCUACCGCUGCCCCGACUGCGGCCGGGCCUUCAGCCAGAGCUCCAACCUGCUCCAGCACCGGCGCGCCAGCUCCGGCACCCGCCCCUUCUGCUGCGCCCAGUGCGGCAAGCGCUUCGGCCGCAGCUCCCACCUGCUCAAGCACCAGGCCACCCACUCCGGCGAGCGGCCCUUCGGCUGCGCCGACUGCGGCAAGCGCUUCGGCCACAGCUCCAGCCUGCUCCAGCACCAGCGGGUCCACGCCGGCCAGCGGCCCUUCGGCUGCGCCGACUGCGGCAAGAGCUUCCUGCAGAGCUCCGACCUGCUCAAACACCGGCGCGUCCACACCGGGGAGAAGCCCUACACCUGCGGGGAGUGCGGGCGCGGCUUCAGCCAGCGCUCCCACGUGGUCAAACACCGCCGGGUCCACAGCCGGGGCAAGCCCUGAGGGGGCGAUCGGGGGGGGUGAGGUGGGGGUGGAUGAGCCGGGGGAAGGGAGAUGGGGCAGAGGAGCCAGAGGGAGGUGAGAUCGGGAGAAGACGGCCUAUGGGGACAGCUACCACAGCUCCGGCCACCUGACCCCUGAGAGACUCUGGCGCGGGGCAGCCCAGGACACAGGAGCCGUGGGGCAGCUCACCGGGCUGCCCGAGGUGCAUCACCGGGAGCCGGCUGGGCUGUUUUGGCCACAAGGAGCCUAGGACAUGGGAGACGCCCCGCGGCACAGACCCCCCGACGGACGUGCCAGCCAGGGGGCUCUCGGUGCCGGCCGGACAGAGGCAAUGCCCAGCGUCGGGGGAAGCUCGGGGCUCGGCAGCGACUCGGCCAAGGACGGAGACACUCGGCGGGGCGCUGGGAAGGGGAUGCGGAUGUCAAGUGGGGUCUCUGCCAUGGGGGUGGGUGGAGGCAAGCUCCCAAAUUCCCCCCAUCCCCUCCCUAAGCCCCAGCCCCCCAUCUGCCCACUGUACCCCCAAAUCCCCUCCCAGCCCCCUCAGCUGCACCCUGUCCCCUCAUCCAUUCCCUGCCCCAUAGCCACGCCCCCCAAAUCGCCCCCAAACCCCUCAGUCACUCCCCCUGCCCCCUAAAACUGGCUGGGCCCACGGGUCUGAGCGGGGGAUGGUCUGAGGGAGGAGGCGGGAUA